GAGUACUCGACUCGAGACUCGUUCACUCGACUCGAGAGACGAGAAGUCGAUCAAAGGCACGAGUUCAGUAUCCGGUUGACAGCCGGUGAGGCGGCGGCGUCAUGAUUUCCUAGCGUACGAUACGCGCGCCGCCUCUGCGCGAUUUUCUAUCAUUUGUAAAUAAAUUUUGUACACAAUUACAUAUUGUGCAGCAUAAGCUAAAUAACUGUGUGCAAGUGACUGUAUAAAAUACUUUGUAGACUGGAUCCGUAUAUUUAGGCGCAUUGAACUGUAGCAAAUUAGAACCUUUGAUACAAUUUUAAUUCACACCGAAUAAGUAACAUUGUUGGAUACUUAUAGCCAAAUAUUAAUGUGUAGUACACGAAUUCGUUAACUUUGUUUAAUAAAUAUUACAGUGUUCAAAGAUUCUCCAAUUUUUGUGUUACUAAUAUUUUAACUGUUAAGUGUUACGACUGAAUAGUGUUGAAUGACUUAAAAUUAGUAUUAUUACAAAAAGUUGAAUAAGUUGUGAGGUGUAUUUGAUCGUAAAAUUUGAUGAUUUGCAAAUCAACAAUGGCGGAUCGUGAACGUCCUGCUAAAACCCCCAUUAGGGUGGGUUUUUAUGACAUAGAAAGGACCAUAGGCAAAGGAAAUUUUGCCGUCGUUAAGUUAGCACGACAUCGAAUAACGAAGACUGAGGUAGCAAUUAAGAUAAUAGAUAAAUCACAAUUAGAUGCCAGUAAUCUUCAAAAAGUCUACCGCGAAGUGGAUAUCAUGAAGAGGCUGGAUCAUCCUCAUAUUAUUAAGCUUUAUCAAGUUAUGGAGACAAAAAAUAUGAUCUACAUUGUAUCAGAAUAUGCUAGUAAAGGAGAAAUUUUCGAUUACAUAGCGAGGUACGGCCGGAUGGCGGAGCAAGCGGCAAGGCGCAAGUUCUGGCAAAUCUUAUCCGCUGUGGAAUAUUGCCACGAAAGGCGGAUUGUACACAGGGAUCUGAAGGCGGAGAACUUGUUACUGGACGCGAAUAUGAAUAUCAAGAUCGCCGACUUCGGGUUCAGCAACUAUUAUGCGACGGGGGAGCUUCUGGCGACGUGGUGUGGGUCUCCGCCUUACGCCGCGCCCGAAGUAUUCGAAGGAAAACGUUACACCGGCCCUGAAAUUGACAUAUGGAGCCUCGGGGUAGUGUUGUAUGUGUUGGUGUGCGGCGCGCUGCCUUUCGACGGCUCUACCCUUCAAUCGCUAAGGGACAGAGUGCUUUCUGGAAGGUUUAGAAUACCGUACUUUAUGAGCGAAGACUGCGAGUCAUUAAUUCGCAAGAUGCUAGUCCUUGAACCAAUGAAGCGGUAUACGAUAGAACAAAUCAAGAAGCAUCGUUGGAUGGCGGCGGAGCCUUACACGGUACCCUCUAUAACUGCAGACCCGAUGAGGAGUCCUGCGCAUGUCGCACAUCACACUCAGGAGCCAAAUGAACAAGUGCUCCGACUCAUGCAAAGCUUGGGAAUUGAUCCAGUUAAAACCAAAGAAAGUCUUCGCUCGAACAGUUACGACCAUCACGCGGCCAUCUACCUGCUGCUGCUGGAGCGUCUGCGCGCACGCGCGGGCGACUCCCGUAGGCCCACGCGCCGGCCCUCCUCCGUCGCGGACCAGGCGCUGGCUAGAGAGAACGACGCACGACGAGAACACCAUACCAGAUUGCUGCACGCGGGUGAACAAUCCAGAGAUUUCAACAGAGCGACAGCCGCUCCAGCUGCACCGGCCGAUGCCUCAUCAGCGGAAACGCAGCGGCUGCUGUCCCUAGCGGGUGUGAACAUGACCGAGCAGAGACUUCUCCAGCGAAGCUCUGACCCUUCGGACACGCACCGAAGUUUUCUAGUCGCAAAUCUCGAAGCCACAAGGAAUCAGGAAACGGACUCCACAAGGCUGCUCUCCCUAAGAAAUGUUGAUGUUUCUCAAUCAAAUCAAAGGCUAGGUGCAAAACUGAGUGAUACCACGGUUCCAACGCAUAGACUGCUGGCGUCAGCGUACGAGCAACAGCAAAAUAUACUAAAACAGUCUAGCGAAGAUUGCCGACGGCUGUUACAGCAGUCGACCACAGUGGGACCAGAAACACACAAAGCCACCACAGACGGUCGACUUUUGACGUCGUCGAGUUUUGAUUCGAAAUGCGCUAUCGAUGGCGGUAGAGGUGCAUCGGCAGCGGAUCAUAGUGUAAUAGCUAAUUUUCUCCAAAACUCUGCUUCAGCGACGAAUUUUAACGUAGAGACCAUGAAGUUACCGAGUUCCACUACAUUUACAAUGUGUUCUGAAGCCGCGAAACUUAUGAACACUUUACAGCAAUCACCUUUACCACUAAAGGGUACCGUAACUUUAAGCACUAGCCCGAUACCCUCUCAGUUCACAGACACGAAACUGAGUAGUGUUUUAGAACAACCAAAGCCACUUGAAUCAAGUAGACUAGUUUCUCAAGCGCAACAGCAAGAACUUAACCGGUUACAGAACAGUACACCUCCAUUUAAGGAUUACAUGAAUCAUCACGUUCCGAGUUAUUCCUAUCUUCAGACUACAGUCGUUGCGCCUGUAACGGAAUCGAAUUAUUCUGCUACGCUGGCACCAAACGAUUUUUUACCAAAUACUCUCUAUAGACCCGAUAGUAAAUUUUCGCUGAAUAGGUAUACAACCGGUCAGACGUUCAAUCAGGUGCUUCCCACUGGCACAACUGAAGCGACAAAAUUUCAACAACAAUAUUCGUCGUCUACCGACGAAGGUUGCGAAACCGAUAUGGAAGAUGUUCCAAACAUUCAAAGUGGAGUGCCCAACCGGUUGAGUUCCUACGCCAGUUCGAGCUCAAGUAGCGGUGUCGUGACUUUUUUCAACAACAAAAGCCUCAGUCAAAACCUCAGCUGUGAUUCAUCGCAGAGUAAUUUCUCCACUUUCGAGAGUAUCGAUUAUCAAUUGUCCGAUUGUUCAAACGAUUUAGCCAGCAGUCUCCCUAGUUGCACUUCCAAUGAUGAUAAGCUAGCAUACGAAAAUAGUUCUCUAGUUAAUACUAGUCCUAUGCAUCCAUGUGUUUAUAUAUCUUCGUAUAAUAAUAAAACUACUGGCACCGGAUUUAUCGCGCGACAUAAUCCUAUCAACUACCAGUCCGCCAAUAAGAACUGUACUCGGGCAAUAACGCGAAGUCCCGUGGAUUUUAGGGAAGGUCGGCGCGCUAGUGACGGUCUCGUAGCGCAACAAGUGGCACAGUCUAAUGAUACACAAAAAAAUACCCUAGCUUUUAAUAGUCAAAGGUUAAACGAAAACUGCAAAGCGAAAGGUGUUUUAGAGCUUCAUCUCGUGCAGAAAGAAGCGCAAAAACUUAAAACGCAAUAUCAGUCGUCGCUUCCGGCUGAGGAGAUGACGCAGAGACAGAUACAGCACAACCAGUUUGCGGCAACUUUUACCCCGCAUUUCUUGGACACGAAAAAUCCUACCGCCAAACGUAUAAGCCUUCCUGAAACAUUUAAUUAUUCGAGUACCUCGCCUCCUAUGCCGGCUAGUCCGAAAAUGGUCGCUGCCCUUCAAGACAGCUCAGAUUUGACACACGGGGCUUCUCUAUCGCAGGUCGGCAAACCACCACUACAGCAGCAAUUGAUGCAACACAGGUUGUUUCAACAGAAACGACAGCUGCUUCAGAAACAGAUGACUCCGCCCAACCUGUCCGCCCACGAAAUGAGCGCUCUCCACAGCCUGCAGGUCGGCCUGAGCCGACGGCAGAUGCUCAGGCAGCAGAGCUACAAGAUCGCCCAGCAGCAACAGAUCCUCCCGCCGCUUCCGUUGACCGAAACCGAGAACAGGGAUCUUCUCGCAUUCCAGGCGAUAGUCGAGGACCCGAAUCGAAUAAAGGGCAAGGAGGAGGGCCAAGAGGAAGCCAAAUUCACGUACCAGGGCUCGAUGGACAUAAGCGUGCACAAGGAGAGGCUCGGCAACGAGAACUGGUCCAACCUGCCGUCCAGCCUGCAGAGCGCGUGCCAGAUCUCGGAGCUGGCGGGGCGGCGCGACGACGGCGACGCGGAGGCGCCGCUGUGGCCGGGCCAGUGGAACUCUGCACUGUUCCAGCCGCAGGCCUGCUUCCAGGUAUUCCAACAGAUCAACUAGUAGAUCUCCACGUAGGAGUAGUCGUAGUGUCGAUAGUGUCGAUAGUUGCACGCGAGGGAGUCCGUUCUACAUUGCGCACAUCUCUGACCUUAAAAAACUCUUACACGCGAGUGUUUUACCUGUUUUGCUGCUAAAUUAAUAAAUAAAUGUAUAAAAUUUUAUGUAAUAUGCGCAUGUAGAGCGUGCUACACGCACCGAUCUGUAUUAUCCUCUGGAGGGUCGACUUGCCGCAGCUGUAUCGAAUGGUCUCAUCGUCUCACCGUAGUCGUAUUCGUUUGUGAUGAAGCUGAACAUUAUACUGUUGUCUGUUAUUCACCGAAGGCAUGAACUCUAGAAUGCAUGACAAUAACUAGUGCUUUAAAAUAAAUAGUCUCGUUAAAUCACCAUUAUUAUAUAAAGUAACUGCCGAUAAGUAAGAUGGAUACAUUUUAAUUAUCAUUACAUUACAAUACGAUAUUGUUUAUAGUUGUAAAAUGUUUAUACAGUUUUAUCAAUGUUUACAUUUAGAACUUUGAUUGUAUUCAAUAAUUCAAUAUAUAUAAUAUAUACUCAAAACGUGCAAGAUUAUCUCUAAUCGUCCAUUCCCAUUAAUGAGUACUGACGUACGAAAAUUUCUUCUAAUAUUUUAUAAAUUCCAAUACUUUAAAAUUAACUUGCCAAAUAUUGUAUUAUAAUAAAUGUAUAAAUAAUAAAUUACAUUUUGUAAUGUAUUGCAAGCAUCACUUUGAAUGUUCCUACAUAUUUAUUCAUAAUAAUCCCAACAGUACAUACCUAAUAAUUUCGUUUAGUUAUAAGUAAAUAUUUAUUAUGGCUACCAUAUAUUACGUCAGUCGAAAAAUUCGUUUUCUUUGUGAAAGUCUGUUUACAGGUUUUUAUUAUUAUUUGCUAAGUAUAACUGUAAAUCUAUGUAAGAUGUGAUAGCUUUACUUAGAAGCAAGUUUUAUUUAAAAUACAAGUAAAUGUAAAAUUUAUAA